GAGUUCUGUUUUGGUUAUUAGGCCAAAAAAUUGAAAUCGAGUCUAAAUCCAAAAAAUUCACGCUCACAAAUUUAAAUUGAGACCUAAUUCAACGAACCCUAUUAUGUAUGCAUAAGUCAACGUCUAGUUGUUUUUUGUUAUUGGUUUGGAAACUGGUCUUCCAACUUGAAGUUCCAUUCUCUAAUAUUAACUAAUCUGACAGAGUAAUUCAUAUAAGAAUUUGAUGUUGGUCAAAAGUUAUAAAGAGGUAACUGACUAAGGACUCUGGCAUUGAACCCAAACAAACGUGGGUCCUUUCCUUCCCAAAAUUAAGCCCAAUCUUAGCAUAUCCAUGAAAACUUGAUCAACACAGAAUUUCCCUCUCUCUCCCUCACUCUCUCCGUUGGACGAUUAGAAGAGAAAUGGCUUCGGGGGAGAGGAAUCUCCUCCUCCUUAAUUUCUUAACUGUGGUUUCAUUGUCAAUUCUCUGUGCCGACAAAGCUUUUUCCAUUCGGAUCUCAACCGCGCCUAGGGAACUAUCAGAUCAGUCCCUGAAAACCGCGGUUUUCGCUCUCGGUAGCUUCUGGAGAUCGGAAGCCGUCUUCGGAUGCUUAAACGGUGUCGUUCGAACUACUGCUGGUUACGCUGGCGGAUCCAAAAUCAACCCCGCAUACAGAAGCUUAGGCGACCAUGCCGAGUCUGUAUUGGUUGAAUAUGAUCCAAAGGAGAUUAAUUUCAGGCAACUUUUGGAGAUUUUUUGGUCUAGUCAUGAUCCAAGACAGGUUUUUGGCCAAGGUCCAGAUGUUGGUAAUCAGUACAGGUCUAUUAUUUUUACGAAUGGGGCUGAGGAGGCUAGAUUAGCUGCAAUGAGCAAAGAAAGCGAACAAACCAAGUCGCGGAGCAGCAUUGUGACAACUCAAAUUCAACAACUUGGAUCAUUUUACCCUGCGGAACCUGAACAUCAGAAAUUUGAGCUCAAACGCCAGCCAAUGCUUUUACAGUUGAUCGGAAAUCUGUCUGAAGAUGACCAUGAGAAGUCUAAUCUAGCAGCAAAACUGAACGGAUAUGCUGCAGAGCUUUGCCCCCCAAAGAUACAAAGGCGGAUUGAUGCGAAGAUCAGUGAAAUUAUUAGAAAAGUUUGGCCUGUUUUGAGAGAUGUAUAGCCUGGUCAUAGGAGUAGGUUUUAGACGAGUGAAACUGGUUCUGCUUUUCAGGCAGAGCGACUUGAUUUUGUGGGUUUAUCAAUCUGAGGUGAGCUUCGCAUAGGUUUGAUUGUUUGGAUAGAAAUUGGAUCAAAUGUUGUACUAUUAUUUUGCAGAUUCUCUGGGCAUAAAAGAAAAGCCUAUAUUUAGGAUAUUUUAAUGAUUCAACCAGUUGGUGUGCUUUAUUAAUCCCACCAAAUCCCGUGACCUCAAGUGUUGAUCUUAAUUCGGUUAAGGAUGUUAGUUUUAACCUUUAGGUAUGGUAAUGGUUACUGAUUAGACUUUAGAGCAUUGUCCAACUUUAUCAAGUAGGAAUAUAGUAUCUUCAAUCAGAUUCGGAUAAUAAAAUUAUUAUCCAUCAUUGGUUCUAUAGUGA